GAUGACUCAAAGUGGCGUCUACGUGCAAAGCUACGUAUGGCAGCGGAAGGUGGCUGAAAACUGUUUCCGCUUUUUGAAGGUCUCAAUACCAACUACCUCAACACCGGAGGCGUUGAAUUAUUUGCCAUGAUAGCAGCUGUGGCCAUGAGUGCAACAUGCCCAGGCCUGUACUGUGGCAGAAUAAUGUUCAAUGGGUCAAUGGAAAGAGACUGUGGUUUUUGCCCUCGUGGAGAGCGAGCCAACCACCAGAAAGUGUGUGAACGCUGCACCGAGUCUCCUCAACUUUAUGAUUGGCUCUAUCUCGGCUUCAUGGCCAUGCUACCUCUCAUGCUUCAUUGGUUCUUCAUUGAGUGGUAUUCUGGUAAGAAGAGUUCCAGUGCUUUGCUACAGCACAUCACAGCCUUGUUGGAGUGCAGCGUGUCUGCUGUGGUUACGCUGUUGGUCACAGAGCCAAUAGGGAUGCUCAGUAUCAACUCCUGUCGAGUCCAGAUGCUGUCGGACUGGUACACCAUGCUGUAUAAUCCCAGCCCAGACUACAUCAACACUUUACACUGCACCCAAGAGGCUGUCUACCCACUCUAUACCAUCGUGUUAAUCUACUAUGCCUUCUGCUUGGUGCUGAUGAUGCUACUGCGCCCUCUGUUGGUUAAAAAGAUAGCAUGUGGUCUGGGCAAAUCUGAUCGAUUUAAGAGCAUCUAUGCUGCUCUGUACUUCUUCCCAAUCCUGACUGUGCUCCAGGCUGUUGGGGGUGGAUUGCUCUAUUAUGCGUUUCCCUAUAUAAUACUCGUCCUCUCCCUCGUCACUCUGGCCGUAUACAUGUCUGCCUCUGAGAUACAGUCCUUCAAGAACCUGGUUGCCAAGAAGAAGCGCUUGGUCAUCCUGUUCAGUCACUGGUUGCUCCACGCGUAUGGCAUCAUCUCGAUCUCACACCUGGACAAACUGGAGCAGGACUUGCCACUAUUGGCCUUGGUGCCCGGUCCUGCGUUGUUCUACAUUGCUACAGCUAAGUUCACAGAGCCAAGUCGCAUUCUGUCAGAGGGUGGGAGCGGACACUGAAACUCCAAGUAAUGGUUUCGAAACCAGAUGUAUGUUAUAGCCUCUUACCCCACGGUUGUGUCAUGUUCUUAUGCAAGUAUAUAUAUUUUCUGGAUAAUUUCUGUGAACAAAAUAGAUGUACACUGUCACGCAUGUCUUGAAACCUGUCAUUUACAGAAGAGUCACGGAAAUAUGUACGUUAAUUCCAGUAUAAAUAAUGCAAAUACAGUGAUCCCUCGCUCUAUCGUGGUUCGUUUCGCGCAACUUCGGUGCAUCACGUUUUUUUCCCCCAAAGUACUGUAUUCGAAAAAAUUGCGGAAUGACUCAGAGGUUUUGUGCAUGGCUGUAACUUGAUUGGUUCCCAGCGCCGACAUCCAUCAAUGACAGCACUAUCCCACGUGGGGUGGCGGGGAGGGAGGGGGCUGAGAAGAUGCACAGCCAAUCAACAUGGCUGUGCAUCUUCUCAGCCCCGCCCAGCACCCGCCCUUCUGUCUUAUCACGUGGGUUACUCUUUAAUCUUUGAUGACAAGUGUUGUUUACAGUGUGUGUGUGUGUGUGUGUGUGGGUGUCUGUUUUAGUGCGCUCAGCUCACGUGCGAACGCCCACGUGGGGCACGUUUGUGUGCGUGCGCGGGUGUGUGUGUAUGUGUGUGGCUGAAAUAGAGAGAAGGAGGGAGGCAGUGAGGUAGGGGGGGCGGCAGAGAGAGAGAGAGAGAUAGAUAGAUAGAAGGCUUUUUAGAAAAAAGAAGCAGUGUCUCUUCCAUCCUUAAUUGUCUAAUCAUUAAUACAUGGCUGCACGCCCCGGGAUCGCUGGCCUGUUCACAUACAGCACAUUUGAAAUUUCGUUCCUCUCACAUUUUUUGGCUUUUUAAAAAAAUAAAUCCUACUUCACGGAUUUCACUUCUCAUGGGUUAUUUUUGAAACGUAACCCCCACGAUAAAAGAGGAAUUACUGUAUUGUCUCUGUGACUUUAUAAGAUGGGGACUGACACGGAUAUCAGAAUAUUUUGUCUCCAAUAAACCAAGGUCAAAUUUCAUGUAGCUUGAAGCCAAAUAAUCAUGAAUGUCCAUUUUUGAAUUCUUGGACUGUAAAUGUUUCCUUACAUGUUCAUGUACAUGCACAUGUUACAUGUGUACAUAUAGUCACAGUUUGUGAUAGUCGUGUGAACAUCUCAAUGGUUCAAGAGAGAGUAAAUUUAAUUAAAAAAAUUAAAUGUCAGGACAUUUAAGUCCCAAAAUGAAAGGAGACUUCAAAUAGCCAUGCAGCAAAAGGACAUGGAACUGCAACUUUUGUAUCUGAAGUGCCGCUGUGAAGGAAACUAUUGUUCUGAAUGGAGAUUUUUUUAUAGGUAUUUAUCAUUGGAUUGUUAUUUUUGGUGUUAUGUACAACUGUAGUGGUGUGUAAGUGCUAUAUAUUCCUGUACUGUAAAGUUGAGUUGACUAAGAUACGUGUUUUUUCCCCAGGUUUAUACGACACAGUCUUCUGUUAUUUCAAAAAUGAGGUUAAAACACUGA